UUAAAAAUGCAAUUAAAAUGAAUUUUCAAUUUUUAAUUUCAAUUCACCUCUCGGUAUUCCGACAUUUGGUCGUGUGUCGACAUUUGGCAAUGUACUGUAAUAACAUUUUCACUCGACAAUUUCUAGAAUAUUUAAUUGCUUACAAUUUAUUCAGCGUUGAAAACAAUCGUCUACAAAUAUUCAUGUUCAUUUUUAUUUUAAAUUAAAUAGAAUUCAGAAUUUCACAAUGUUUUUCUUUAUUACAAUGAUCUUCAUGCGUUUUUAAAUUGAUGUGUCAUUUGUGAGGUUAUGUUCAUUGGUGUUUAAAUGACAAUGCUUUGACAUAUAUGCACAGUGAACACAUUCAAUAGCUCUCGUUCAAAUUGUGUGCCGUAUUUACAUCUACCAAAUAUCAAAUACGGUUUGAAUGAAAGAAAAUGUUGAGAACAAUGUUAUUGUCAACGCGAAUUCAGUUUGCUUCGAAAUGGAACGUUAUACAUGCUGUAUCAAGUCAGUUACGUUUCUAUUCUAAGAAUCCCGAUGAGGUAGAACAGUGGAUAUCUGCGCUGGAUGAGGCGCAACAAAAACGUAUUAGGUUCUUUCAAAAUGAAGUUACCUUGAAACGUGAUCAAGGUGAAAGUGUGCCAACAGUAGAACAACUCACCAUUGAACGAUACCAACAUCUUAUGAAUUCAUCAAAUAAUCAACGUAUAAAAUAUUACAACUAUUUAAAUAAAACGGAAAUAUCAAACGCCACCACUUCGGAAAAAAAGGUAUCCGGAAAAAUGUUCUGGAAGAAAAAACUUCAAUGGGUGUAUUUGACAAAAAAAAAACCAGCAGUUGUUCAAAAACACUUCGAAUAUGGACUUGGCAAAAUAUCUUUAAUACCAAAAAUUUACAACCGAACAAUUGACAGAUGGAAAAUUAUGCGAAUAUUGUGGCGUGAACAUUUGGGUAUUAUACAUAUUUGAUUGUAGUUAUUCACACUACAUGACGCAACGUGAAAAUAAAGAAGCGGCUGAACAAUUGGCAAUGGUCUUUGGAAAUAAUCGUCAACAUCAUCAGCCAUACGCGCUUAACUUUUGUGGCAUGGACAAACAAAGUAUGCUAUGGUCAUUACUACUGAAGAAUAUCCCAACAAUUACUACAAAACCGCUACCACUACGAAUACACGAAGCUGACGCAUCGGAAGAUUUUCCGAAAGAAAAACUCGUCAUACUCACGCCCGAUUCACCAAACGUAUUGAGAGAGUACAAUAACGAUGAUCAUUACGUAAUUAGCAGCAUUGUUGAUCGCGGUGAUAAAAAACCAAUAUCAAUUGCCAAAGCAAAAGAAUUGAAUAUUCGUCAUGCACGUGUUCCCUUGGAACAGUAUCGUAGAUGUCGAAUGAAUAAAGCAUUGCCAUUGAAUCACAUGAUAGACAUAAUGCUUGAAUUGAAAAGAACACGCGAUUGGAAUAAAGCAUUUGGUUUUGUUCCAGCACGCAAAUUUUACUAGUUUUACUAGCAAGUAAAAAAAUAAUGGUUUUUAGUAAAAAUAUCCCAUAAAGUGAUUAUAAGCAUUUUUGCAUGAAUGUACUUUUAAUUUAAGUUUGAAUUUCAAAAUAAAAUUGGGUUAUAAAUGUAAAA